AGGCAGCGGCCAGAAGCCGGCGGGACUGGACGGGGCAGUGACUCUCGGAAGACCCUUCAAGAAAUCACAAUGUCGACCAACACAGACCUUUCACUUUCUUCAUACGAUGAAGGCCAGGGGUCCAAGUUUAUUCGGAAAGCUAAAGAGACACCAUUUGUCCCCAUUGGAAUGGCAGGAUUUGCAGCAAUUGUUGCAUUUGGGUUAUACAAACUGAAGAGCAGGGGAAAUACGAAGAUGUCCAUUCACUUGAUUCACAUGCGCGUGGCUGCCCAGGGCUUUGUCGUGGGGGCCAUGACUCUCGGUAUGGCCUAUUCCAUGUAUCAAGAAUUCUGGGCCAAGCGCAAGCCUUAGAAGAAGAGCCGCUGCCUUGGUCUGGGAAGUGCUUGCUUAGGUAGACGUCUCAUAUUGAGGUUCCAUGUUUGUGUCUAUAAUAAAUAACGUGUGGGUUAGAGAUAAAAAAAAAAAAAAAAA